AGAGACGCCAUAUUUAAAAUGUACCAGCUCGAUAAACAGUCUAUAUUCUGCAUCACCUUGCAAGCCGGACUGGCGUCUCUCAAAACACCUCAAUGCAAUACGAAUAAAUACGAUUCUUAUUGCAAGGACAAAGAAAAUGCCGCGACAAGCUCUGCAACCUCCAAGCGACGCAAAAAAGUUACUUCAUCGGCUGCCACGGCUCCUGUUUCGUUAUCAUCUGCUUUUAUUUCAAGUCUAUUACCUGCUGUUGCAACUCCCGCUUCACUAGCGCCUGCAAUCGUUUCAACUUUAUCUCCUUCUACUCCCAUUAUAUCAUCUGCUUAUACUUCAACUUUGUCAUCUGACGACUCGACUCCUAUUACGCCUUUAACGAAUAUUUCUACUUCCGCUAUUAUAUUCUCAACUUCCUUUACUUCAGUGCCUUCUCUAUCUUCUACUCUUAUUCCAGCUGUCUCUACCCCAUCUACGCUAAUUACUUCUAACACAUCAUCUGCUUCUAGCAGUAGUUACGUGGCCGACCCCCGAUGUCCAGUGUGUAAUUCUAAAAUGGCCCUAUUGUGCCGAGAUCUUCCCUUUGCUCACAGCACUCAAUCCCGUUUGAUUUGUAGAAUCGGGCGAGAACCUUUGGAUGAUACCAACCCUCCUCUCAUGUUACCGGGAAAAAGGAAGUUGGAUGCAUUGCAGCAAAUGGCAGCUAAUAACGAAAACAAAAUCACUUGCCCACAAACGAGAGAGUCCUUUGCCUUUGGCCAAUUUGAGAAAGUUUACAUCUUGUGAAAACCCCUAAAAUCCAAACUCAA